AUGGGCACUUGUUGUUCAUAAUAAUAAUAAGGAGGAGUGAUAUAAAAUAUAGAAUAUAGAGAUUUUGAACCAAUAGCGAUGCCAACUUUAGUUCCAUAAUAAAUAAACUUUGAAGAAUAUAAAGAAGAAAUAGUCAAGAUAUAAUCAUCAAUAAGAAAGAAAAAAGCAAAAAACGUUGCUGCAUAAAUGAAAGAAGAAGCUGAAAAGGAGAAACCAGGUGAUAAUUGGGUUUAAAGUAAAGAACCUAAAAGUAUAGAAUAAAAUGUACUAACGACUUAAUCUAAGCUUGGAAAGUUUAAAUUCGAUAAAAAGCUUCCUUAAGAAUUUAAUGAAUGUAGAUUCUUUAUGGCACAUGUAGAAUACAUAAGCAUAAUAUUAGGAACAUAAAAGAAACUAAGGAAACAUUUAUAUUGGAUAAUGGCUUUCCAGAUUAAGACAUGGUAGAGGAAAAUAAUACUUUGCAGAUGGAUCCAUUUAUGAAGGUUAUUGGAAAUUUGACUAAGCUAAUGGAAGAGGUAGAAUUAUACAUUCAAAUGGAAAUGCAUAUGAGGGAGAAUGGAAAAAUAAUAUGGCUAAUGGUUAUGGAGUUUUUUAUGAUUUUGAUGGAUCUAAAUAUGAAGGAUAAUGGUUAUAAGAUUAAAAAGUAAAUUAUAAUAAUAUAUAUUAUAGCAUGGAUAAGGAAAAGAAAUUCUUAUUGAUGGAUAAGAAUAUGAAGGAUCAUUUUUUUAUGGAAAAAAAUAAGGAUAAGGAAUAGUCAAAUUUAAUAAUGGAGAUAUUUAUACUGGUUAAUUUGAUAAUGAUUCUAUUACAGGAUUUGGAGAAUUGAAAUUUAAAGAUGGUAGAAUCUAUAAGGGAUAAUUUAAAGAUGGUAAAAUGAAUGGAAAAGGUCAUUUUAUUUGGCCUGAUGGAAGAGAAUAUAUAGGAUAUUAUUUAUAUGAUUUAAAACAUGGGGAAGGAGAAUUUAAAUGGGCAGAUGGAUCUAUUUAUAAAGGAGAAUUUAGAGAUGGUAAAUAACAUGGAAAAGGUGUCUUUAUUGAUAAAAAUGGAAUUUAAAAUGAAAGCUUUUGGAGUGAGGGAAAAGAAAAAAGAUAAAAAAGUGAAACAUGA